UCAUGCUGCGCGGUUUUUCGAUGACAUUGUUGUCGUCAACGUCUUCUUUUCUUGUAUUUUUUUCCCCGUCGAUAUAAUUCUUUCAUUCAAGUUUAUCUCCUUCAACUUUUUUUUUCUGCUUUUUUUUUGUAUCGCCGUUUGCUCUUCAGUUUGUUUACUCUUUCCUUUCAUUCUCCUUGUUCGCUUUUGCUUUCACUUCAUUUUCAUCACAUCCCAUUUCAUUAUCUUUUUUUUUCUUUCCUUUCCAUUUUAUCCAAAGUCUUCCGCUCCUUUUGCAUUUUUUUUUAUUUAUUUUGUUUUUUGUCUUUUAUUUUUGAUUUCUUUGUGUAUUCUCCUGUUUCGGUGGUCUCUAUGCUAUUUGAUCGAUAUCGAAAACCAAAACGACCCGAUGGUUCACCGAAACGAAGCUUCGCUGACGUUUUAUUUCGUAAACUGGCCAAGAAAGCAUGGCCGCAACCCAAGUUGACGCCGUCCAGUUCAAUGAUUCGUCAGAUGGACAAAGACCAUGGCUCAAUGUCCACCAUGGCAUCGCCUCGUCCUUCAACAUCGCUACCCAAUAUCACGACAACGGCCAUGGUAUCUUCACCCCAUCCCCUGAAGGCGACGAGCAAGGAGUCCCCCAAACCAAUGGCAACAGUAUCCACGCCUACGUUGUUGCUAUUCGACGUCCCUCGUGCCCCUAACCGGAAUAUGAACAAAAGACAUUCAGCGGAGCCAUAUCGAUCAGCGACGUGGGCACGGCUAAAGCAGACACCGUUGCCGCCGAAUUUCGGAGACCAAAGACAUUCAUUCACCUUUGGUCAUCCUUUUCCACCCAUUGAUGCGUGUGAAAAACGUCUGACCAAAGCCGAUCUGGUCCUGUCGCCUCGUCAACGGCAGAAAAUCGAUCGGUUCCUUGCCGUGGCCGCGGCCGGGGGGAAUUUACCUCCAUGUUUGCCCCAACGGUCCAUGAGCCAGCAGCUUGUGCCACCUUCCAAACAGAUUCUGACACGAGCCCACUCCACUUCUAACCUGAACCAGGGACAGAUCACACCUCUUUACAGCGACGAACUGAACGAUCUGUUGAACCGAAAAGAAAAUGUCAUGCUCAUUGAUGUACGAAAUUUGAUCGAUUACCAAAGACGACGGAUACGAGAUUCGUUCAAUAUUAAUUUGCCUUCGCUGUUAAUUAAACGUCACCAACGUGGCACGGUCUCCAAUCUUAAUCUCGAAAAUUUUAUCACCACCACCGAAGGAAGAGAUCGGUACCGUGCUCGCCAGCAGGCUUACUUGACCGAAUCGCCCGUCCCUACAUCUACAUUGGCGAAACCAGGGGAAGAAAAAUCCAUCCUCGAAAAAAAGGCUGCUGAAGCCAGUCAACGAAAGAGAUCCAGUCGUAUCUGGGUAGUGUAUGAUGAUGCAAUGCAAGAAUCGCAGCGCACGUCACAAGCAUGGACAAUUUUAAGUGUACUGCAGCGCGCCAUGACCUCCGAUCGUGUAUACUAUUUAAGCGGCGGGUUUCAUCAAUUUGAAGCGUUUAAGCAUCAUUUAACGACAGACGAAGACGAUGUGUAUCCCGAGGAUGAUUUGCCCCCUCAGCCAACGUCCCAUCGGUUGCAACCAUUGAUGUAUCCAUUCGAUGGCUCGGUCGCUACGCAACAAACCUCGGUUUAUCCACGACGUUCCAUGAGCUAUACAAUAGGAUCGAGCAACGAUAAGAGUAUGAUCAAUCGGCGCACUAGUCUUUUUAGUCUGGAUACACAAGCGGCUCGGGUGAACAACGCCAACGCGCUGGCGCGUAGAGCAAAUCGGCGUUCACAAAAAGCCGACGGCACUUCGCUGGCUGUGCCUCAAACUUCGCGGUCAUCGCAGUACACCCCAUCCACGGUAUCUCUUUUGGGCCGAGUUAGCGAAGAUGAGGCGGAUGUGUCGCCGCACACGGAACGUGAUUUCGAUUUUACGAUUUCCGAAAUUAUACCUGGAUUUUUGUUCGUGGGACCUGAAAUUGAAACCAAGGAACAAGCCGCUCAGUUGGAAGACCGAAAAAUCAAACGCGUCCUGAAUAUGGCGGAAGAAUGUAACAAUCAAAUCUUGCCGGAUGAGAUAUUGUAUCGAAAAAUCAGUGCCCGUGACACGGUGGAGAUGAAGAAUAUUGAUUGGGUCAUGAUGGAAGCCGUCUGUUUCAUAGAAGAAGCCAAGCGACAGCAUGCACCAAUUUACGUCCAUUGCAAAGCCGGUAAAUCUCGGUCUGUCACAGCCAUUUUAGCCUAUUUGGUAUGCUCGGAACGAUGGACGUUGAAACAAGCGUAUCGACACGUUAUCAAGGCUCGUCCAAAUAUGUCUCCCAAUAUUGGGUUCAUUGCCGAGCUAAUGAAGAUGGAAGGCCGUGUGCAUGGUCGCGUGAGUUCCUUCAUGGAAACCGACUGGCAGUCAGCAUCCAUACCUACCCCUGACUAUACCCGCGAGCAGCAACAGCUCGAACAAGCAUGGAAACAAUCGCCACGCCCGUCAGCAGCAUAGAAAACAAAACAAGUUCUUUUCUGUUAUAUACGCUCUUUUCAUUAAAAAAAAAAGAAACAUCAUCCCUUUUGUGCUAUGAGUUCUCUGAUAUUAUAGUCGAUUUAGAUCGAAGUGAAACUCACAUGAGUUGGG